GGUUAGCCGGAGGUAGCAUAGCGUGUGUACGGGAGCCAAAUCAGGGUCACCUUUCCUGUUUAUAGUUUUCACCCUCAUUGUUAAAGUAGGUUUACUCUUUACAGCGGACUUUCUGUUGGUCAGUCUUCUGCAGCUGGUGUUUGACUUCACCCGCCUGCUAAACGGACAUUUAGCGGCAGAUGACAGCGACAGGCGGGGUGUUGGUAGCUAUUCGGUGAUAAGAGAUAAACUGGGUAGAAGGUGGCUGUCAGGAACAGAUAAAAUUGAAAGCAACGGUCCAAAAGUGACAAUGUAGCGGUUACAAGCUGUACGGGAGGACACGUUGUGUUGGCAGACCGGCUGGAUGUCCAAAAAUGUUUCUCCUGGUGGACUUACUGAACCAGAAACGCAUUGACACACUCAAAGACUGAGUCCGGAGAAAGAAAUACAAAGAGAUUUAUUUUUAUUUUUUUGUCAGAAUCAUCAAUUAUCAUCUAUUAUCUGGUAAAUAGCUGUGAACCAGGACGAUGUGUCUUUUAAUACGCGCGCCAGGCUGCACACACAAAGUGCAUCUAUCCAGGUUGAAGCUAAUGUAUCGUCCGACCCUCUCAGCUACCCUCCGGAGGACGAGGCAGUCCACCGAGCUCAAGUCCUCUCUCCUUCCGACCCCGGCAUUCUCUCUCUGGGCCGCUAGGCACUACAUGCCGCGCGGCCCCUUCACGGGUCUCCCUGUACUUUGUUCAUACUCUCGGGCAUUCACUCACACACCUGUUGCCUUUGCUAGCUCUUCAGCAUCUUCUGGAAACACACCUGCCGGAUCAGUGAAGACCGAGACCCCCACUGUUGUCCCCCUGAGGGAUCUUAAAAGGAUUAUACGACUGGCUUACCCAGAGAGAUGGAGACUGGCAGCUGGUGUAAGUUUCCUGACUGUCUCCAGUGCAGUAACGAUGUCAGCUCCCUUCUUCCUGGGCAGAGUGAUUGACACCAUUUACACCAGUGCAACAGACACUGAGACGAUGACGGCCUCGCUUACAUCGCUGUGUAUCAUGCUGGCGGGAGCAUUUCUGUGUGGUGGAGCAUGCAAUGCUGCCAGAGUCUACCUCAUGGAGUCCUCAGGUGAACAGAUUAUUCGUAAUCUCCGUGCCUCCCUCUUCUCCUCCAUCCUCAGACAGGAAGUGGCAUUCUUUGACAGGAAUAGGACUGGUGAACUUAUCAACCGGCUCUCCUCUGAUACAGCCGUGGUGGGCAGCUCAAUCACAGACAACCUGUCAGAUGGGCUGAGAGCUGUUGCCCAGGCAGCUGCCGGUGUCAGCAUGAUGUUCUACGUCUCCCCCAGUCUUGCGAGCUUUGUGUUGCUGAUUGUUCCACCUAUGGCCAUUAUUGCUGUCAUCUAUGGCAGAUACCUUCGCUCCAUCUCCAAGCACACACAGGAUGCACUCGCACAAGCCACACAGUUGGCAGAGGAGCGAAUCAGCAACAUGCGGACAGUCAGAGCUUUCGGUAAGGAGCUGUUAGAAGUCGACAAAUACACACAGAAGACUGACCACGUCCUCAACCUGGCUAAGAAGGAGGCUGUGAUGCGGGCUGGUUUCUUCGGAGUGACUGGUCUGAGUGGUAACAUGAUGAUCCUGUCGGUGCUCUACAAAGGAGGCCUUCUGACAGCCAGUCAGCACAUGACUGUGGGAGAGCUCUCAUCCUUCCUCAUGUACACCUUUUGGGUGGGCAUCAGUAUCGCAGGUCUGAGUUCAUUCUACUCUGUGCUGAUGAAGGGUUUUGGAGCCGGGGCCAGGCUCUGGGAGCUGCUGGACAGAAAGCCUGAGUUUCCUCUGAAUGAAGGCCAAAUCAUUCCUCCAGACCAGCUGAAAGGCCAGCUCGAGUUCUGUGAUGUCUCUUUUGCCUACCCGACACGUAAAGGAGCCCCCAUUUUCCAGAACCUGAAUCUUUCGGUUCCUGCUGGUAGCAUCAUGGCUGUAGUGGGGACCAGUGGAUCAGGGAAAUCAUCCAUGGUUUCCCUUCUCCUCAGGCUGUAUGACCCCGAUGCUGGUAAGAUCACCAUAGACGGUCACAACAUCAGGGAUUUAAAUCCCUACUGGCUCAGAGGUCACAUUGGAACUGUUAGCCAGGAGCCAGUGCUCUUUUCCUGCUCUAUCAGAGAGAAUAUUGCAUAUGGAGCGAUGGAUCCAGACGCUGUAACCACAGAGGAUAUCUACAGAGCAGCCAAAAUAGCCAACGCCUAUGACUUCAUCCAGACGUUUCCUAAAGGCUUUGACACUGUGGUGGGGGAGAAAGGAGUGCUGCUGUCAGGUGGUCAGAAGCAGAGAAUAGCCAUAGCCAGAGCUCUGAUCAAGAAUCCAAAGAUCCUGCUUUUGGAUGAGGCUACCAGUGCGCUGGAUGCUGAGAAUGAGUCCCUUGUCCAGGAGGCUUUGGAGCGUCUGAUGGAAGGGAGGACAGUCGUGAUCAUCGCUCACCGUCUUUCUACGAUUAAGAACGCCAACACUGUUGCUGUGCUGGACCAACAGCGCAUAGCUGAGUGUGGUCAGCCCACUGAGCUGCUAGGAAACAGGGAGGGACUGUUCAGGAAGCUGAUGGAGAAACAGGCGUUUCUGCAGGAAGAGCAGCAGCAAGAACUUAUCUCACAGGACAGGGAGCACAGAUACGUGAAUGACAGAGAAAUCAGGAGGUGAGAUCGGUGGCUGUGAUAACCUUUGAACUCCAGUGAGUGGAAGCCACUGGAAAAAACUAAAAAUAAAUAAACAAAAGAGAGGUUUUUCUUUAGGGCUUAGACUUUACUUUUCUGUCUUAUUGCUGAACAUGAAGAGUCGAUAACUCUGUUUACCCUGGAAACAGAAAGUGUGAUUAAAAGUUAGCACUCCUCACACAGAUGACUUACUGCCAGCUGUGACUUAAAACCAGUUUUAGGGGAAAAGCUCAAAUCCUGUUUUCUAUCAUUCAGAUGUUCAAGAGGAAUUUGAAGAAUUUAAAUGUGAGACUGCGUCUGAUCCUCUUCUUCCAAAACAGUCUAGCUAAAUGCAUAUUUGUUUUUGUGUCACUACUGCUGAUUUUCUUUUUUAUAUAAAGACUUGAAGCUGUCACAUUGUUAAAACUGUCACAUUAGAGUCUACAGGACUGAACACUAUUUUAACACAUUUACAUUAAUGUAUGCACAUUUGUCAUGAGAAAUAUCAGUUCUGGCCUAAAAAUAACAGCUAAGGUGCUACAUAUGUUAAAAUAUUUAUCUCAAAAAGAGUCCCUGUGAAUCAUAUUUAUGGUGGGACUGGUUCUCUAAGACAUUUAUUACGUUCAGUUACACUGUAGCUCUUUGUUUUCAGGAUUUAACUGACAGCCUUGAAACUGCUGAACUCUACUGUCUUUGUUUGUCAAAUGUAAUAAAAAUGAGUUCAGAUGCAGGGUAAAGCUGACUGAGGCUGCUGAGCAGACACUUUUAUGUUUGGAGAUCUGCUGCUCUCAAGGAGGAAGGACACUGGAGUCAAGUCAAUCGUGUCUGUGUGGGUCUGCGUAUCAUCAAAAUGUCUAUUUCACUGUCUGAAAUCCACAUUUUCAUCGUCUUAUAUCGUCUUCAGAGAGUUACCCAGUGCAGAUGAGAUUGUAACCUUUUAAUUUGAAAAAGCAGAAAACGGCAUUGCACCUUUAAACAUGUAGCGACCCCCCCCCCCCC